ACGGCGCCACUCAAGACCACCUCCUUCCCUUCCAAGAACUCCUCGUCAUGCCACGAGUAGAGCAGCAGCCGCUUCUUAAUGCCGAUAGCUAACCGACUCACAAUGCUGGGAAUCUGGGUCUUUUCGUCCCGUUCGAUAUUACUCGUGACGGCAAAAGUUGAGGCGCCUUUCGUCUUCGUCAGGGUUUCGGUAAGGGUGAAUUCGUUCAGGUCGUGAAUGUGAACAUAGUUGUCGCUGAGGGAAACCAGAAUCUGCACUUCCUUGAUGCACGCGAGCAGUUCUAUCGAUCGUCGGGAGAACUUGUCGAUG